AAACAAGACAUUUUCUCACGUGUUCAAGUUAUGAUGGAGAGGUCAAAUCUAAAAUCUGCGACAGUCAAAUUGGAGAAUAACUUCCACGCGCUGACUGAGGCAGCCAGCAAACUGGAGAACAGACUGGUGGAAUUUCUGAUUCAAAAGUGGGCGGUCAGCAUCACUAUGGACCCGGACACCGCCCACCCGAACCUGGAGGUGUCGGACGACGGCAAGGCAGUGUCGUUGAGUGAGAGGCCUCUGGAGGUGGUGCCUUCGCCCAAGCGAUUCACCCAGACCACCAUGGUGCUGGCCCACCAGAGCUUCGACGCGGGCAAGUACUACUGGGAGGUGAUCGUGCAGGACAAGUCCGACUGGAGCGUGGGCAUCGCCAAGAAGUCCAUGCCGAGGAACGAGAGCAACAACCUGACCAACAGCCCGCUGGCCUGGUCCGUGUCCUUCCAGCAGCGCCAGUACCUGGCGUGGCACAACAGCAUCUCCACGUCCCUGGAGAUCACUACGCUGCACCGGCUCGGCCUCUUCCUGGACUACGAUGCGGGCCAGCUGGCCUUUUACGAUGCCAGCAACAUGAACCCAGUGCACACCUUCUCCGAGACCUUCAACGAGCCUGUCUUCCCAGCCUUCAAUCCGGGCAGGAGCGCCGACAAGACAAAGAAAGCCAUCCUGAUCCUGUCCGAUGGUGAAGCCAGGAGCUAGGCAAAACCAAAUUAUUAUUAUUAGCUUUUAGAUACCACGGGACGAAACACAAAAAAGAUCCCGGGAGGAACUCAGCAGGCCAAGCAACCAUCAUUGAUUGGACUUUACUGGACUUUGUCUUGCACUAAAAGUUAUUCAUGUUAUUCCCUUUAUCAUGUAUCGGUCCACCGUGGAUGACUCAAUUAUAAUCAUGUAUUGUCUUUCCACUGACUGGUCAACACACAACAAAAGCUUUCCACUGUACCUCAGUACACAGAAGGGUGUGGAGGCCAAGUCACGUUAAGGCAGGGAUAGAUAGAUUCUUGAUUAGUGCGGGUGUCAGGGGCUAUGGGGAAAAGGGAGGAGAAUUGCGUUACGAGGGAGAGAUAGAUCAGCCAUGGCGGAUUAGGUGAUGGGCCGAAUGUACUAAUUCUGCUCCUAACACUUAUGACCUUAUGACAUUAUAACGUGACAAUAAACUAAACUAACUAACUAGCAUCAGUGGAGCGAUGGACAGGAGGUCAUUUCUCCAUUUCCCUGCACAGAACUUGUCUGAUCUGCUGAGUUCCUCUAGCACUGUCCUUUGCUCAAGAUUCCAGCAUCUGAAGUUUCUUUUGUCUCUAAAAAUUACAUGGGGGUGAGUUGUGGACUCCACCUCUGCCUCAGGUUCAUGGUUAAGAGAGUCGGAAACAGUACCGUACGAAAACAGGCCCUUCAGCCCAAACCUCCUGCUCCAUCCCCAUGGAAUUUUGUCUCAUAGAACAUAAAACAGUACAGCACAGGAUAGACCCUUCAGCCCUCAAUCUCCACAUUGAAAUAGAUGCCAAAUUAAACUAAUCUCCUCUGCCUGCACAUGACCCAGAUCUCUCCAUUCCGUACACGUCCCCAUGUGACUAUCUAAAGGGCCUGUCCCACCAGCAUGCGACUGCAUGCGGCAAGCGCGACCUAACGUGGUCGCUUGAGCCGUACGGCCUCCGCGGGGCCGGUCCCACUUCAAUCGCCGGAGCCGUAUGGAGUUGUGCGGAGUUGGUCCCGACAUCGCGC